AUGAAAAUUCGAAAAUCAGAAGAACCAGAUCGCGCCAUGUGGCAGCAGAAAGAAAAAAAAAUUGCACCUGCUGAUGUCACGCUGACGUCAGCCUGCCUUCGGGCUGCUGCUCGAGCAGCCCCUGCCUUCGGGCCAGCCCAGGCAAGUGGACCCCACACUGCCCGGGCCAGUACUUGUUGCUGGAAUGCCAUUUUGGGCUCUCCCCCCCCCCCCCCCGAGCCCGAGUGGGCUGCUGGAACUGCUCUCAUGGGUGGAACCACAAAUGCAAAGGCUGACACUAUUCACGUGAAUAGUGGCAGCCCUUGCUUGCCCUUGCCUUAG